AAUUUGAAUUUAAAUAAUAAUUUGAAUUUAAAUAAUAAUUUGAUUAAUAUACCGGAAGCGGUUGUAAAUAGUCCUAGUUCAGAUGGGCAUAGGACGCCUUAGGACGUUCCAAUUUCCAUUUUCCCGUUGCCUCGAAUCCCGGUGGCUCAGUCUAUUGUUAGAAUAGUUGAUUCGUCAGUAACCAAGGCAAUGGAUGGGCUAUACAACCAUGAUUCGGUUGAGUUCGUUGCAAUACCUACGCGUAAGUCUAUUUUUGUGUCUAGAUUAUCUUCGGAUACUACGACUGAGAAAGUUUUGAAAUACAUUCAAUGUAAGCUUACUAUUUCGAAUCCAUCAAUGGUUAGUGUUUUCAAGUUUAAUGUUUCACAUAACCGUGACAUUUCAUCUUUUAAAAUAUUUGCACCUGCUGCGAUGUUUGAUAAUCUUUUUCAAAAAAAUUUCUGGCUGGAAAAUACUUUUGUUAAGGAGUUCGUGGUUCGUAAAACGACCAGAUCUCCUGCUAACCUUAAUGAACCGUCUGUGUCUUCAAAAAACUAGAUUUGCUGAUAUUAUUUCAAAACGUUCGUGAUUUAAACACAACAUUACAGUCGGCUUUUCUGAGUUCAGUUGGUACUGACAAUCACGUAGUGGUGUUUACGGAAACGUGGCUUAAACCUGAUAUUAACGACUCUGAAAUAUUUUGUUCUAGAUUUCAAGUGUAUAGACAUGGUAGAAUGGAAAGAUUAGGUGGUGGUGUAUUAAUUGCUGUCGAUAAUUGUUGUGCCUCGUCAAUAGUCAGUUUUCCUGUGACUGUUGAUGUAGAAUUUAUUUGCGUAAAAAUUGUUCUUAAAAACUGUAUGAUGUAUAUAGCCUGCUCUUAUAUCCCUCCAAUGUCUGAUAUUUCUAUUUACUUGAAACAUUUACAACUGAUAAAACUCGUGGUGAAUGAUCUAAAACCUUCAGACAAAAUUUUGGUUUUAGGAGAUUUUAAUUUACCGUUUGUAUCGUGGUGUUGUGACGAAGACUUUGGUUAUUACACUCCUGUAUCUUACCCCUUGCUAUACACUGACAUUUUUGAAGAAAUUUACGAGCUUUGUCUAUUCCAAAAUAACUCAAUUGUUAAUAAUAAUGGUCGACUUUUAGAUUCAAUUUUUUUUAACUACUCAAACGUAAGUGUAACUCGUGUGGAUCCGUAUAUUUUGCCUGAAGACAUACAUCAUCCUACAUUGGGGAUAAAUUUAGGCAUUCUGCAAACUAUCCAAGUCCUUAAUAAGACUUGUAAUAAAAGACAUACAUUUAGGAAAACCAAUUAUAAUAAACUUCAUGAUAUUCUGAGUAGCUUCCACUGGAACUUAGAAUAUUCUGAUAUUGAUGGUUCACUUGAUUCUAUUUAUAAUAUUCUCUUAUAUGCUAUAUAUAAGUCGGUGCCUACACAAUCAGACAGUUAUUUAUCAAUUUAUCCUAUUUGGUUUAAUAAACAUCUUAAGCUGAUCAGAAAUGAAAAGAGUGGAUUGUUUAAAAUAUUUAAACUUAGUGAACUCGUUAUGGAUUAUAUACGUUAUUCGAAUGCUAGACGUGAAUACAAUUUUGAAAAAAUAAGUCUUAUGUGGUGUAUUUGCAAAGGAUGAGAAGUCAAUUAUUUUUUAAUCCUAAAUGUUUUUAUAAAUUUUGUAAACUUAAAAUGUAAGGUUAAUGGUUUUCCAUCUGUAAUGAGCUAUGAAAACGUUGAAUCAACGGAUCUGUCUGUUAUUAGUAAUUUCUUUGCAAUCUUUUUCGAAAAAACGUAUUCAGCUAAUAGUUUGACAUAUGAGAAACAUCCUUAUAUUAUCAAUUCUUUCGAUCAUUUUCCAUCUAUUACUUUUACAGAAGCUGAAGUUUUCGAUGCUCUGCGAAAUGUAAAACUUUGUUAUUUAGUCGGCCCAGAUUUGAUUCCCGCUUGCAUAGUUCGUGCUUGCGGUAAUUUUCUUUAUCUUCCAUUAACCAGUAUAUUUAAUAAUUGUAUUAGAUGCGGUUACUUUCCUACUAUUUGGAAGAGUAGUUUUAUUAUUCCUUUAUAUAAAAAGGGUUCCAGAGGAAACAUUGACAAUUAUCGUGGGAUUGCUAAACUAAGUGUAUUACCGAAGAUCUUGGAAUCACUUAUAGUUAAUAAACUAAAACCGUGUUUAUCCAUGAUUUUGUCUGAUUGCUUCAUGGCUUCACAAAAAAUAAAUCUACAGCCACAAAUUUAUUAGAACUGACUUGCUCUAUUUUUAU